AUGGGUUCUGUAGAUUAUCCAAUUGACACACGAGCGGUAGACGAGAGUCGCCCCAUCAAAGUCGUGUGCAUCGGGGCUGGAAUUUCAGGUAUCCUCACUGCUAUUCGAUUUCCACAGCGCAUCAAGAACCUGCAAUUGGUCGUUUAUGAAAAGAACGAAGGUCCGGGCGGCACAUGGUUUGAAAACAAGGAAAGGAUCUCCAAUAUUCCUUCUCAUGCCUACCAAUACACGUUCGAAAACAACCCUAAUUGGUCUCGAUUCUAUGCUCCUGGGUCCGAAAUCUUGGACUAUCUCAAUCAUGUAAUCGAUAAGUAUGGUGCUCGAAAGCACAUGAAAUUUAAGCACGAGUUCAAAGGCGCCCGCUGGAGCAAGAAAGAUGGCAAGUGGGACGUCGAGCUACUUAGACACACUGAUGGCAAGAUAAUGCACGACACAGCAGAUGUCGUUAUCAAAGCCACAUGCACGCUCAACAAGUGGAAAUGGCCAGAUAUUCCUGGGCUCAACAGCUUCAAAGGCACACUUCUGCACUCUGCAAACUGGGAUAAGUCUUUUGAUGCUACUGGAAAGACACUGGCCGUCAUUGGAAACGGAUCGACUGGUAUUCAAAUCGUCCCAGCACUUCAGCCCAAGGCGAAGAAAAUCACCUCCUACAUUCGUUCCAAAGCGUGGGUGUCCCCGACAGGGCCAUACACAAAGUUGGUCGCUGAUCAUGGAGGCGACGAGAAUUUCUUGCACUCGAAAGAGGAGAAGGCCGCCUUGGCACAAGAUCCUUCCACCCUCCUCGGCUUUCGGAAGGAAAUCGAGGAAGUUUUACAUCGAAGCUACCUCGGAAUAUUCUCCAACUCCAAAGCGCAAGCGGAUGCUUCAGCGAAGCUGGAGGCCUUAGUUCGAGAGAAGAUGGGCGCAAAGCCUGGAUUAUUCGAAUUGCUUAAGCCUGAAUGGCCGGUAGGCUGUAAGAGAUUGGGUGCAUCGCCAGGGUAUCUCGAGUCUAUUAUCCAGGAAAACGUCGACAUUGUUACAUAUGGAAUCGAGCGAGUGACACCAACAGGAAUUUUGGAUAACAGUGGCGUGGAGCGUCCAGUGGAUGCCAUAAUCUGCGCCACCGGGUUCGAUACCUCCCUUCGGAACUCCACCACUCCUUUUAUAGGUCAUGGAAGGAUCUCAUUAGAUGAGGUCUGGACGCCGGAGCCAGAGGCAUACCUGUCGAUUAUGCCUGUGAAGAUGCCAAACCUUUUCCUUUAUCUGGGGCCAAACGGUGCGCCGAAUUCGACCAUGAUAGUCAUGAUCGAGUUCCAGUGCGAGUACAUGAUUAAGUGUGUCCAAAAGCUGCAGAGGGAGCACCUAAAAUGGAUGGUUCCCAAAGUCGAGGCAAAAGACGACUUCGUCAAGUAUGCCGACAAGUUUUUUGACAAGACGGUCCUGACCGAAAGUUGUGCAUCGUGGUUCAAAAGUGGUGGACGGAGUGAUGGUAGAAUCACCGCUAUGUGGCCAGGCUCACUGGUGCAUGCAUGGAAGAUCUAUGAGAAUCCUAGGUGGGAAGAUUUUGAGUAUGGAGCAAUGCCGGCAACGGAGGAUAAUAGAUUGGCGUGGUUUGGGAAUGGCCUCACGUUGAGCCAGGUCCAUGGGACCUCUGCCACGGCGUAUCUUGACCAUGUCGACACGCCGCCUGUAGAUUCCGACUGGCUACAAAGCAAAGGUAAAGGGGUAAUAUGAAGCGAAAUGGCGUUCGUCUAGUUAGGUAGCUGAAUACUAC